UUAACCGGAAGUAAAUGCCACGUCCGUUUUAGUGACCGGCUUCGUGAUGUGUUAGGAAUUACGUUAUUAUAAAUUCAAUUAAAACCAAGAAGAACACAUCAACUACACAGCGAAGUACUUAUUUACGCAUACAAUCGCCAUGGUGUCUGUUAUUAAUUCAGUCGAUACAGCUCAUGAGGACAUGAUUCAUGAUGCUCAGUUAGACUACUAUGGAACAAAACUGGCCACCUGUUCAUCAGACCGGACAAUAAAAAUAUUUGAUGUGAAGAGCGGACAACAGACUCUUGUAUCAGAACUGAGAGGUCACGAUGGUCCAGUUUGGCAGCUUGCCUGGGCGCAUCCAAUGUUUGGGAAUCUGUUGGCAUCGUGUGGUUACGACAAGAAAGUUAUCAUAUGGAAGGAGAGCAAUGGAACCUGGGGAAAACUCUAUGAAUAUCCUAAUCACGACUCGUCAGUAAAUUCGGUACAAUUUGCUCCCCAUGAAUUUGGUCUCAUACUGGCAUGUGGUAGCUCAGAUGGGUCUAUCUCAGUAAUAUCCAGUGCAGGUGAUGGAGCUUGGGAUGCCAAGAAAAUAAACAAUGCCCAUUCUAUUGGUUGUAAUGCUGUGAGCUGGGCACCAUCUAUAACUCCUGGGGCACUCCUAGAUCAAUCCGUACGUCAGCAGGCUGUCAAGCGACUUGCAUCCGGAGGAUGUGACAACCUUGUCAAGAUUUGGAGGGAAGAGGACGGCCAGUGGAAGGAAGAUCAGAAGCUAGAGGGACACAGCGAUUGGGUGAGGGAUGUCGCCUGGGCACCCUCCAUAGGUCUACCGAAAAGUAUCCUGGCUAGUUGUUCUCAGGAUUUCCGUGUUCUUAUCUGGACUAACGAUGGGACGAGUAGUGAUUGGACGUCAAAAACUCUAAAUAAGUUCAACGACGUCGUAUGGCAUCUGAGUUGGUCGAUCACAGGGAACAUUUUAGCCGUGUCAGGAGGUGACAACAAGGUAAGCUUAUGGAAGGAGACACUAGAAGGACAGUGGGUGUGCAUUAGUGAUGUAACAAAAGGUCAAGGUCAAGUUGCAGACAGUCAAAAGGGAUCCUCAAGCUGAUACUGUAACCAUAGUGAUAUAGUAACAAUCUCGGACAGGACUGUGUCAGGGACCAUGUGUAUUGUGUUCCAUUAAAACAAAUGCCGGACUGGUUUAAACGCCAGGCAUACAGGCCCCAAACUUUAAACCACGAGAAAUUUUUGGAAAAUUUUCUUUAAAAGUUUGACACGGAAUGAUUUUAUGAAUUUGAGAUUGGCCUGUUGUUACUGCAUACUGAGGAAGCUUCCAGUGCAGCAGAGUGUUUUUAAGAGGAAUCCUUCGGAGUCUUCCUCAGUGUAUGCGCCAACGGAAUACUAGGUGCCAAUGCAAAUAUUUAUAUUAACAUUCUGAAGGCUGUCCAUUCCUUGCAGUAUAUUCAUGGGCAGUGUUCCAUCAGCCCAGUCUGGGCUAGAUUUGUUUUAAGGGCUUGUGAAAGUUAUCAGUAUUUAAUAUUAAAUCUUCAGUUCAGGUUUUGGAAUAAUAAAAAAAAAUCUGUCAUAAUAUGGGUUAGUGCACUAGAUUUGAAAUUUUACUCCUAUGUUUCACAUAAGACAUUUUUUGAAUUUUCCUUAGUUUCUUAGUUUCUCAUUAAAACUGAAGAAAUGUGCCAAAAUGCAGAAAAGUCAUUAAUAAUUUAUGAUAGCAAACUAUCUUCCUUUGAUAUACUUCAGGGCGAUGUUUUUAUUUCUGUCAUAACAGUACGGAACACAGAUUUCAAUGGGUCAAUCACAGUUCUGAAAUACCAAGAAAUAGUACUUAGAUUUUCAAGGGUUAUAGAUUUGAUCGAGGAUCUCUUAUGUUGCUUAAUACUGGUAUUAACUUUGAAUUUAAAUGUAUCGACUUUGAAUUUAAAUGUAUCAUACAGUUUUCACACCAGCAAAUAGUUUGUGGGGGUUCUGAAUUUCAGAUUGUCUGCAAAUUGUGAAUACUGAAAAAGUAAAACCCAGAGAAAUGAAAUGCUACAUGUGUACUACAAUACACAUAAAUAUACAUGAAGUAAAAUAUGAUUUGGUGUUUUGUGAGUAUGGUCGUUCGGUGAGGUUAUGUUCAAUUGUUUAAGUGCGAGUACGGCAAGAGAGCUACCAAUGCUUCCUCCAGCCAUAUGAAUAUUUGUUAAUUUGGAAUUCAUAGCUUCCAAAGCUUUCACAUUCUUCAUACUUGUUUUGCAUGGAGAAGGACUGUAUGAUAUUUGGUCUAUCCAAAAUCAUUGUUUUCCAUAUUGUAAUUUUUGAAGGGUGUCAUCGUUUUGAAAGGACUGUACAGAAGUUAAAAUAAAAUUUAGGUUCUAUAGAGAACUUUCAUAAAAUGAAGACUUGAUUUGUUUGUACUAUCAAAAAUGUGAGAGGUGGGAAAUUGUCAGGUGAUGGUGUGAAUUUUGACUUAAAUUCUCAGAAACAGUUUAAGUCAAUUUUCAUUUAUAUAAUUUAGAAUUACAGCAAUGUACUGAGAAUAUGAAGAUAAAAAUGUUCACUUUCUUUUGUAAGCUACAAUAAGCCAAAGACAUUUUUUUAAAUACAAAAUUACAAAUGGGUAUAACAAAGUGUACAGUUCUUUUCUGUUGACUUUUACACGGAAAGCCAUCCAGAUCAUAAUUUGUUGGUAGGGAAUACAAUUGUACUUUUGAUGCUUGUGUAUUCAAUGUUGAAACCGAUGUGUUGACUUUGGUGUGUAAUGUAUACAGUGUUAUUUUGAGAGUAAUUUAUCACUUUAUAGAUACAUUUGUAUGUCGUGUACAUUCAUGAAUCUGCAGUUCUGUAAAACACCCAAUAUUACAUGAAUCUGCAGUUCUGUAAAACACCCAAUAUUACAUGAAUCUAGUUCUGUAAAACAUCCAAUAUAAAACCCUGCUAGUAAUCUGAGAGUGUCACCGAUCCAUUAUCAGGUUUUCAAAAGACUGGAUUAAAUAACUAUCAAGAUAAUAUUGUAUACAUCUUGUAUGAAACUGUGUGUGCUAGUAGGAGCGAGUGAAGAAAGUAACACCACAACAUAUAUAUCAUGUGAAAUUUGUGUAAAUACAGUUUUUGAAUGA